CGAAAUCCCCACGAAUUAUGCCCAGCAAAAUGCCGGCUUCUUCACAAAAAUCUAUCUUACCUGCACCUUCGUUGUCAAUCAACACCUUUCUUCUCUUUCAUAGUAUAAAUACGCCAGCCCAUCUUCUCCUUCAUAGUUCACACAAAUCAAUCUACCUUAUUUUUUCACUUUAAUUCACUAAUGGCGUCUGCAAAUAGAGUUGUUUUUGAGGAUUAUUUUCCUGCCAUGGUAGAGAAAUUGGGAGCUGAGGGGUUCAUGCAGGAGCUGCACAAGGGAUUUCGUAUGUUGAUGGAUGAUGAGAAGGGAGUGAUAACAUUUGAGAGCUUGAAGAAGAAGGCGGCAUUGCUUGGUUUGCAAGACAUGAGUGAUGAUGAAGUGAGGUGUAUGUUGAGAGAAGGUGAUGUUGAUGGAGAUGGAGCGUUGGAUGAGAUGGAAUUUUGCACUCUCAUGUUCAGGUUGAGUCCUGAUUUUAUGAAGAGUUGCAGAAAAUUAGUUUUAGAAGCCCUUCUUAAUGAGUUUUAGAUGUUGCUUAAUUUUAGCUUUUUCUUUCUUUCUUUCUUUCUCUAUGUACACUACUAUGUUUUAAUGCAUGUUAUUAGUGUAAUUAUUUCUUUGCAG